AUGGCAGAAAACAGCAGUCCCCUUGCUCUAUUGAAGACGAAGAAAAAUAAAAAAAAAAAUUUAAAUGUUAUUUUUAUUACCCCUUUAGGUGUUGUACCACGUCAGACAAGUGAGCCGCAUAAGACACAGGAAAUUUGGGUUAAUUUUUUGAAAUGGUUUUACGACAAAAAAGAGUCAUAUAACUCAUUUUUCGGCAUUAAUUGGGAUUCAAAGGAGUUUCUUGGUAAUUUUAAAACUGCACUAGAAAGUAGUUAUGAUAGUAACAAGAAUAUAGAAUCCUUUUUGAGUGAUAAGAGAGAAUUAGAAAAAUUAUUGAAAUUACAUUAUUUUGGAGAAAAUGUUGGAGAUAUUAAAACCAUACUGGAUAACCAAAACCAUGGUAGUUACAGAAAUGCGUGUGAAUUUGUCAAUGAAUGUCUUCAUUUAUUUAGGGAGUUAAAACAAAAUUAUUGUAAGAGUGAAAUUGUUCAUUAUAAAAGUAAUAAUGCUGUUUGUAGCAUAUUAGGUGGAUUUGAGGAUACUUAUGAAUAUAAACUUUACACACCUUUAAAAAGCCAUAAUAAAAUGUCGUCCUUAUUGCAAUAUCCAGAAUCAGCACAAGUAAGAUGUGAUAUAAGUGAUUCAUUGUAUUAUACUCCAUUUUGGAGUUUGUAUAAAACCAAUUCGGAGGAAUUUUCAGUAUUAGGAAAUUUUGUUGUUUCUGGUUUUGUCAUGUUUGCUGUGUAUUUAAUUCUGCUAAUUUUGUACAAGUUUACACCCAUCGGAUUGCACUUCAGCCCUGGAGGGCAAAGAAAAGCAAGACGAAUAUGGAGAAAAGUGGAAAUGGAUCAGUUCAGAGAUUCUGGAAGUAGCUUAUAUAGUGAUGAUAGCGAGAGCGUAUAUUCAGACAAUUACGAUGAAUCAUCUAGCACGUUCGUGUAUGGAAAUAAUAGAUAUUAUUAA